CUGAGGCAGUCGAGUUCUUCGUUCGAUUUUAAUUUUAUUUGUAUCGCUGCUCAGUUUGUUGAAGGAAAUGCAAAAAAGACUUGAAAUAGAGCUGUACAACUACUUUGGCACAUAAAAACUAUAUUAUGAUAAAGAUAAGAUCCUUGAUUGGAAAUGAAAUUGAAAUAAUGCGAGCCCAAAUAUCGACUAUGUCGACCCAGCUGGCACUGUCAACGUCAGCUGUCAACAAACUGUGUUAACGUUAUCAAAACAUCUCGUCACUUUCCAACUUCUCCGAUUAAAUUAAUUGGAUGCGUGUAUAAUUAUAGGUGAAAUCCGUGCUGGCAAUCGAAAACGAUGUACUUCCGCUUUGGCUCGGCAAAGCGGUCCGGGUAGUGCGUGUGAUAAUGGCUGUCUGUACCGAAGAAAUUAUGACCUGGGUGGCUGUAGUUAUCGGUGGAAAGAUGAUGUGUCCCAAAUGCUAGGAAGGGAAAUCGCAAGUGCAUCCACUACUGUGGCAUCCGAAGCGGUUGGCAUUUGGGGGAGUAUUGCUUUUUUGUCUGUUUAGCGGACUGCGGCACAGGAGACAAAAGGGUGUAAAUAGAAAAAAACGAAAACAAAAAAACGCUCAAACAAAGGUAGGACGAGUAAAUGAGGAUUAAAUGAGAUCCUCAGUAAGUUACAUGUUAUCGCAAGCAGCUGGAGAUCCGAUUAUGGCGCAUCCAGAUUAUGAGCAGCACCAUUACCACCAUGGUUGUUUGUUAAUUCUGGUGCGAGGAAUCGGUUCCUCUAAGCCACGGUCUUUGCAGCGCGUCUUUGAGCGAGUUCAGCGGGUGAACAAUGUGAAAAUACCUGCCGAUUCGACAGGCAUCACCAGAGAUAUCUGGGUACGGUACAUACGAGACCAUCCGGUAGAAAACAAUGAUUGGGGUGACUUUCAAACGCAUCGCCGGCUGCUGGGCCUGAUCACGGUGGGUAAGUUCGAGGCCCAGAGCGAGCUGAACGAGCUGUGUCGGGUACACGAGUCGCUGAAGGUGAAGUACACGCACACGCUAUUCGAUUCUCGCUGUUUGCUGUUCGGCCCGGGCACGGACGAGCUACAAAAGCUGAACGGUGGCGUUAGCGGAACGGACGGUGGUAAAUCCACGAUAGAAAAGUGCUUCCAAACGCCGAGCAACUUCAAGAGCCGCGCCUUCUUCUACCCCGAAAACGACCCUUGCAGUAACUUGGAAACAAAGAUUUCGGAGUUCAUUACCUCCAUCUACUACAUACUGGAGCUGAAGCGAAUGGAAAAGACGCGCGAAAAGCUGGAGAAGGCACCGCUGUUGCUGGCGCCAUUUGAAAAGAAAGAUUUCGUCGGGCUGGACCUGGAGAGUAGAAACAACAAGAAGCGCUGCAUCGGGCGCAUGACGAAGCAUCUCGGCGAUCUAACGCUCCAGGCGGGUCUGGUCGCCGAGUCGCUAAACUUCUUUCACGCCGCCAGCGAAACUCUACGUGCCAUAAGUGACUCGCUGUGGUUGGGCGCUGCCAACGAAGGGCUCUGUGCGGCUUCCGCUAUACUGCUGUACCCGAACUUUCGCUACACAAUGUCUAUACAAAGAAACUCUAGUCUGCAGGAGAACUCUUCCUCUCCCCAGAAGUUCAAUCUUGCCCGCAACCAGCUGUACACCGGCAGCUACAAUGGCGACAGUUCCACGCUGAAGCAUAAAAAAUCCGACAUGGUCAUUAAUCUAAGCGCCUCCGACACGACAACGAUUCUGAACGCGGACAAAACGUCCGCCUCGUCCAAUUCUUCGGCAUCGUCGAUCAGCUCGAGCUUGUCGUCCGGUUCGGCCGGCAGUGGAACGGCCAGCGGAAGUGGCUCCUCAUCCGACUCAGGAACUUUAGUGAACAAGACGGCAAGUACCGGUGUGGCUCCAAAAUUUCCCAGCAAUAUUUUGCAACCGGACGAAAUCACGGUGCGUUAUCGGGAUGCCAUCAUAAACUAUAGCAAGUACCGGAAUGCCGGCAUAAUCGAAACCGAGGCGGCUCUGAAAGCGGCACGCAUUUGUAUCGAGCAGGGCAAGAAUCUGGAUGUGGCCAUGUUUCUGCAGAACGUGCUGUACAUCAAUCUGAACAUGACCGAGCAGCAGCGAGUACGCCGGUUCGAGGUACUGACGGAUCUGUACCAGAAGAUAGGUUACAAUCGUAAGGCGGCAUUCUGUCAGCGGUUAGCAGCCUGGCGUCAUGUCGCUCAAAGCAACAGUAAUCCCGACUGGGGUCAGAGCUAUCGAUUGAUGUUGGAGAGUUUUUCCGGCCACAAACUUUCGCUGGAACCGAACGAGGUGCUUGAGAAUAAUAUGGGAUGGCCGGUGCUGCAGAUUGAUCUGCUGCAGCAGCUCGUUGGGACCGCUCGCCGGUUGGGUCAGUCGGCGCUGGCAACGCGUCACAUGACAUUUUUGCUGCAAACGAUGUGGAAAAAUUUAUCCGCCCAGGAACAGCGUGAAAUGGCACUUCAGCUACAAAAUCUGAGCGCCCAGUGUGAGGGAGCGCCGGUUCCGUUGGUGCUAGAGAACGGUAUCGUAAUACCGCCCGCGAAUCUGACCGAUUUGCCUCACUGUGCUCAGCUGCAGGUAAAGGAUCUAGCGCCGCAUCUGAAGCCGAGCAAGAUCGUCGUCAAUAAGGUGGACAGUGGCCCGUUUCUGUUUACACCGAUCCACUUCAGUUCGCUUGAUCGGCGCGGCAUCGAGAAGGAUGAUAGUAAAAUCACGUUCAACUGGGUGCAGCACGAUGUUUGCGAGGUGAGCUUGAACCUCAUGAAUCCGCUACCGUUUGAAUUGCAGGUGACGGAUAUGCGGCUGCUCACGACCGGCGUUGUGUUUGAAGCCUUUCCACAAACCGUUACCCUGCAGCCCAAUGUGUCGACGAACGUUUCCCUGCACGGUACCUCCAUCGAGUGCGGUGAGCUUGAAAUUCAGGGCUACAGCACGCACACGCUGGGUGUCAAAUCGAACUGUCGACUGAAGCACAUGUUGCAUCGAAAGGAACGCCAUUUGCCACCGUGCUACAAGGUGAAGGUAAUACCGGCACUGCCGAAGCUGGAGACAAAAACGAGCCUUCCACAGACGGCUACAUUUAGCGGUAUGCCAAACGCGGACUUUGUCACUACAUCGGCCAGCAUCACGCUGUACAACGGUGAACGGGGCGAGUGUACGAUCACGCUGAAGAACGCAAGCAACAUUCCGAUCGAGUACGUGGACGCUACGUUUCACUCCACGUUGGAGGCUUCAUUGCAGAACCGAAUAUUUCAGCUAGCGACGGACGAGCUGCAUCGGAAGCUGCCCAUCCAACCGAACGAAAGUAUCGACUUUAAGUUGGUUAUCUUCGGGGAGGCAGACUUUCUCGGUGCGCUUACUGCUGGACCAGGACAGAUAGCGGGUUACGCGCUGUCGAACCAUCCGGAUGGGAUGAACAGUGCGGGUCCGCAAAGUUUAACCGUUUCGCAUGGCGGUGGUGGUGGUGGUGGACCAUUGCAGGGUGGGUUGCUUUCGGGUGGUGGUAGCGGCAAUCCCAGCAUACCGAGCCGCAUAAGCUCACCGACAAACACGCAUCGACGGAAUGAGCUGCUGACGUCGAGUUUUCGCUCGUCCCACUCGGGACACUCAUCGCUGGCCACGCUCAGCGUUGGCAUAUCGACCGGGCACGUACCGCGACAGCUGGACGCACAGCUGCGGUUCAAAUACUCCGGCGGCGAAGGCCUGCAGGAAGGCUUCUGCAGACAGUGUGCAAUCUCGUUUAAUGUAGAGCUGCUCCCAAGUGCACAAAUCACCAACUGGGACGUUUUGUCAGCGGAAAUACCAUCGCAAUUUUAUCUGGUGCUGGAUGUUGUGAACCUAACAGCGCAAGAAAUGUCACUCAACUAUACCUCCAAUAAAACAAUACUCAUCGAGGCUAAGGAAAGCUGUCGCGUACCGGUGCCGGUGCAGCGAUGCCCGCUGGAACGCAUUUUUGCCGCCGUAGCCGAACAUCAGCAGCAGCACCAACAUCACAAUCACAGCCUGCACCACCACCAUCACCAUCAGCAUCAUCAUCAGAUUCACUCGAUUGGUAGCGGUUCAGCGGACCAUCACAAUAUGCCUAGCAUUCUGAGCGGUGUAGCCGGUACGAGCACGAGCGAAAGUUCCGAUCUAACCGAACGCGUCUGUUCCGAGCAUAUAUCGGAAAAUGUUAAUCUUAAGUGGUGCCUACCUGCCAUCGAUUGCCACGGUAUGGCUUCGUUGCGCGGCAUUACACUAUCACCGACGAUGCUCGAUUUGGUGACCGUCCCUCCGCUCGAAUGGGAGGUCAAAGUGGACGAUCAGGUGGUGGCACCACAAUCGGAGGUAACGUGCGUUACAGGACAGUUUCUUAGCUUUAGCAUUAGCAUCUGCAAUCUUUCGGCAUCGGUACUGCAUCAGGUGCAGCUGUCGGUGCAAUUUUAUCAAGAUUAUCAAAAUGGUGUUCAAAACUAUCGGCUAGAAACGCGCGUCACUAUGUCCGGUCCUAAUCACAUACUCAUUCCAUCUCUAAAUAAGGACGAGAAAGCGUUCCACAAGUGCUCGGUUCUAUUCUUCACUCCCGGUCGCUUUAAGGCCGAUAUUCAGUGCCGUUCGCUCAGUUCGACACUGCAAACCACAGCACCGCCACAACGGACGGACGAGUCCGGUGGGAUGCCGAUGCUACCGACACCGGGGCCGGAUAGUGCGUCGCACGUAUGGCGGUUUAUUCCUCCGAUCGAAAUAACCGUCCUGGAUCAACAGUAGGGAGCGGCACCGAUGAUCGGCCGGUGCGAUCUGUACGAGAACAAUAAUUUGGAAAAUUACACAGGAUAUACGCAUGCCCCCAUAUUACUCCCCUGAGGCAUUCGUGCAUAUUGAUUGUUGUUGGCAAAAGCAUAACUAAUAACACGGCUUAAAUAAGUACUACAUUCUGUACCUUUUUCGAAUGCAGAGGCGGCUUGUAGGAAUGUUAUUGUGCGUGAAGAAAGUGUAGAGAGCAUAUACAGCAUAUAGCGUUUACAUUACUCUUGGUAUUAUUGAUACUGCAAAACACAAACAAAAAUGCUGUCGAGGUCGGCUCACUGGGUGUCGAUGUUUAGUAAUAUGUAUUGUUCGUAUAUGUGCAGAAUUUAAAUUAACUGGAAGCAAUAUGAAUAGGAAAUUAUCUCGAAACAAGCAUAUUAUUACGCGCUAUGACGAAUGGGUGGUGACUGGGAAAACCUCAAUCAGUCGUGUUUAGGCUUCGACGAAGCUAUCGAUCGAUCGGUAACACUUUAUCCCCAUUAGACGGUCUUGGACCAGUCGGCUAAGAGGAUUACUGUAUUUAUAGGGAGGUAUGGAUGAUAUUAUGGGAAUCCAAGCAAAACAAUGGUGAGUCGGGAAAAACGAAUUGACAGUGAAAACUCUUCCUCCCAUCUUAUGGCGAAGGACAUAGAAAUAAAACACACAAGAAGCAAACGGCAAAUUAGUUAUACUCGUUAAGGACGAAGCAGUACGGUAUAUCGGUUAGAUUACGUUAUAUUAUACCUAUGUUUUCUUUUUUGCUCGAGGAAAAUGUGAAUGUUAUUUAUGAACAAUUGAAUAAAUGCGAGAAAAUGAUUAUCAAA